AUGGCACGUUUAUACAAUGUUUAUAUGCUUUUUGCAUUGGUAAUAUUUGCAUCGUUAAUAAGAGUCGAAGCCUUGUUGUGCUAUGCGAGAGAUUAUGAUCAAGAUGUGUCAAGGGGAGGCUGUACAACCGAGCGUAUCAAAGUAAAAGCGUGUUUAGGAAAAUGUCCUUCAAAAGAAAUACCUAUCGAUCACUACCCGUUCUUCUGGAACGACUGCAAGUGUUGCACGCCAACCGCUCAGACUUAUGUAAGCGUGGAAUUAAACUGUAAUACAGGCAAGAUCACCGUCAAAGUUCCAAGCGCGACGCACUGCGCGUGCCAAAAUUGUGGUCGCUUUUAG